UAAUCCUUAUUGGCUUAUUCUCCUCCGCUUCUAGGCCUCUAAAAGCCUAAAACCCUAAACUCGUUCCUGAAUCUCCUCCCCCCACCCCCCAACACUAUCAUCCGAUGGCGGCCGAUCCGACUCCGCACCAACUGGCCCUCCUCCUGGGGCCCGACGCCUCCCACUUCGAAACCCUAAUCUCCCACCUCAUGUCCUCCACCAACGAGCAGCGCGCACAGGCCGAGUCCCUCUUCAACCUCUGCAAGCAGUCCCAGCCGGACUCCCUCUCCCUCCAGCUCGCCCGCCUCCUCCAGUCCUCCCCUCGCCCCGAGUCACGCACCAUGUCAGCCAUCCUCCUCCGCCGCCAACUCACCGAUCUCUGGCCACGCCUCGCCGACUCCACUCGUUCCUCCCUCAAGUCCGUCCUCAUCUCCUCCCUCCAGACCGAGCAGGUCAAGUCCAUCUCCAAAAAGCUCUGCGACGCCGUUUCCGAACUCGCCUCCUCCCUUUUGCCCGAGGACGCCUGGCCUGAGCUCCUCCCCUUCAUGUUCCAGUGCGUCACUUCGGAUAAUCUCAACCUUCAGGAAUUGGCUCUGCUUAUUUUCGCGCAAUUGGCGCAUUAUAUCGGAGAAACCCUCGCCCCGCACCUGACCACGCUCCACGGCGUGUUCUUGAAUUGCUUGGGCUCGCCGCGGAGUUCGGAGGUCAGGAUUGCGGCGCUAGGCGCGGCCAUCAAUUUCGUGCAGUGCUUGUCGAGCCCUUCGGAUAGGGACAGGUUCCAGGACUUGUUGCCGUUGAUGAUGCGGACUUUGACCGAGGCCUUGAACUGCGGUCAGGAGGCGACCGCGCAGGAGGCCUUGGAGCUGCUGAUCGAGUUGGCCGGGACAGAGCCGAGAUUUUUGCGUAGGCAGCUGGUGGACGUGGUUGGGUCGAUGUUGCAAAUUGCGGAGGCGGAUAGUUUGGAGGAGAGCACGAGGCAUUUGGCGAUUGAGUUCGUGAUAACGUUGGCGGAGGCGAGGGAGCGUGCCCCGGGGAUGAUGAGGAAGUUGCCGCAGUUUAUAAGGAGGCUGUUUGCGGUGCUGAUGAGUAUGCUCUUGGAUGUGGAGGAUGAUCCGUCCUGGCACAAUGCAGAGACCGAGGACGAGGACGCGGGCGAAACCAGCAAUUACGCCUUUGGCCAGGAGUGUUUGGACAGGCUGUCCAUUUCGUUGGGUGGUAAUACCAUUGUGCCGGUCGCUUCCGAGACUUUCCAGCCUUUCUUAGCCGCUCCGGAAUGGCAAAAGCAUCAUGCCGCCCUCAUUGCGCUUGCACAAAUCGCGGAGGGUUGCUCGAAGGUAAUGAUAAAGACCUUGGAACAAGUACUAUCAAUGGUUUUGAAAUCAUUCCAACAUCCGCAUCCCCGCGUGCGGUGGGCAGCGAUAAAUGCAAUUGGGCAAUUGUCCACGGACUUGGGCCCAGAGUUGCAAGUUCAUUAUCAUGGUCAAGUGCUGCCUGCAUUAGCUGGAGCUAUGGAUGAUUUCCACAAUCCCCGAGUUCAGGCCCAUGCUGCUUCAGCAGUGCUCAAUUUCAGUGAGAAUUGCACCCCAGAUAUCUUAACACCAUAUUUGGAUGUUAUUGUCACCAAACUUCUUGUCCUCCUCCAGAAUGGGAAGCAGAUGGUGCAAGAGGGUGCUUUGACAGCUUUAGCAUCAGUUGCUGAUUCAUCACAGGAGCAAUUUCAAAAGUAUUAUGAUGCAGUAAUGCCUUACUUGAAAGCUAUUUUGGUGAAUGCGAAUGACAAGUCUAAUCGCAUGCUUCGUGCCAAAUCUAUGGAGUGCAUUAGUUUGGUUGGAAUGGCUGUUGGGAAGGAAAAGUUUAGGGAUGAUGCUAAGCAGGUUAUGGAUGUCUUGAUGUCAUUGCAAGGGUCUCAAUUGGAGUCGGAUGAUCCAACUACAAGCUACAUGUUACAAGCAUGGGCCAGACUUUGCAAAUGCCUUGGGCAGGAUUUUCUUCCUUACAUGAAUGUUGUGAUGCCCCCAUUGCUUCAAUCGGCUCAACUUAAGCCUGAUGUAACGAUUACAUCUGCGGAUUCAGAUGCUGAUAUUGAUGAAGAUGAUGACAGCAUUGAAACAAUUACUCUUGGGGAUAAAAGGAUAGGAAUCAAGACUAGUGUCCUGGAGGAAAAGGCCACAGCUUGUAACAUGCUAUGUUGCUAUGCUGAUGAGUUGAAGGAAGGAUUUUUCCCAUGGAUUGAUCAGGUUGCUCCUACAUUGGUUCCCCUUCUUAAAUUUUAUUUCCAUGAAGAGGUCAGGAAAGCAGCUGUUUCAGCCAUGCCGGAGCUGUUGCGUUCAGCUAAAUUAGCUGUAGAAAAGGGGCAAUCCAAUGGUUGUAAUGAGUCCUACGUAAAACAGUUAUCCGAUUACAUCAUACCAGCAUUGGUGGAGGCUUUACACAAGGAGCCAGAAGUAGAAAUUUGUGCAAGCAUGAUGGAUGCAUUGAAUGAAUGCAUACAGAUUUCUGGAUCCCUUUUAGAUGUUAGCCAAGUAAGGUGCAUAGUGGAUGAGAUUAAACAGGUAAUCACCGCCAGCUCUUCCCGAAAGCAACAAAGAGCGGAGCGGGCCAAAGCAGAGGACUUUGAUGCAGAGGAGGGGGAACUGCUUAAUGAAGAAAAUGAGCAAGAAGAAGAAGUUUUUAAUCAAGUUGGUGAUUGCUUGGGAACUUUGCUUAAAACUUUCAAGGCGUCUUUCUUGCCUUUCUUUGAUGAGCUUGCAUCCUAUGUAACACCGAUGUUGGGGAAGGAUAAAACAGCAGAAGAGAGGAGAAUUGCCAUUUGUAUAUUCGAUGAUGUUGUGGAGUAUUGCCAUGAAGCAGCCCUAAAAUAUUAUGACACUUACCUUCCUUUCCUAUUGGAAGCCUGCAAUGAUGAGAGUCCAGAUGUUCGUCAGGCAGCUGUUUAUGGGAUUGGCGUUUGUGCGGAGUUUGGUGGAUCUGUCUUCAAACCACUUGUUGGAGAGGCUCUUACAAGGUUGAAUGUUGUAAUACGGCACCCUAAUGCACAGCACUCGGACAAUGUAAUGUCAUAUGACAAUGCUGUUUCAGCUCUUGGGAAAAUAUGCCAGUUCCAUCGUGAAAGUAUAGAUGCAACACAGGUGGUCCCUGCCUGGUUAAGCUGCUUGCCUAUAAAAGGUGAUUUGCUUGAGGCCAAGGUUGUGCAUGACCAGCUUUGUGCUAUGGUUGAAAGGUCAGAUAGAGAACUUUUAGGGCCAAACAAUCAAUAUCUUCCGAAAAUAGUUGCAGUCUUUGCUGAGGUUUUAUGUGCAGGUAAAGAUCUAGCAACAGAGCAAACUGCGAGUCGGAUGAUUAAUCUGUUGAGGCAACUUCAACAAACUUUACCACCCUCUACCCUAGCAUCGACCUGGUCAUCCUUGCAGCCUCAGCAGCAGCUUGCACUGCAGUCCAUCCUCUCGUCUUAGUUGCUUUUAAUUUUGCGGGCAUGUCAUCGUUCCUCCUUGGAAGCUGCUCUGACCGACCAGUCAUCUUAUUUCAUUUUCUGGAUUGGUGAGUAUGUCAUUGUUCCUUGUCGGGGAAGCUGCUGCGUCAAUUCAGUUCUUUAAGCUUUGUGUAUGUAGAAGCAGCUGCGUCUGGUUGGUGUCCUUCAAUUACCCAUUCUUUUUUCCAUAUUGUAUUCCAUAAUUUGUUUCGCGUGGUCCGUCACCAAGGCGAUGUUUUUUGGUUAGUUGAAAGUCAAGGUGAGGAAUAGAGAAUUUUUGGUAUAGAAUUAUGUAUACUACCAGUGGUCAGUCCAAAGGAACCAAAAGAAAAUAACAAAAAGAUUAUGUAAAGAUACCAGCGUAUGGCCUUUUAUUGGUUGAGGCGUGUCAUU